CAGUCAGCUCUGCCAGGGAAGAUGGCUGAGUACGAGCUCAUGCAUAUCCACUCCCUGGCUGAGCACUACCUUCAGUAUGUGCUACAGGUACCCGCCUUUGAGUCGGCUCCAAGCCAAGCAUUCAGAGUGCUACAAAGAGUUGCUUUCUCCGUUCAGAAGGAAGUUGGAAAGAACCUAAAGUCAUACUUGGAUGACUUUCACGUGGAAUCCAUAGAUACCACCAGAAUAAUAUUCAACCAAGUGAUGGAAAAAGAGUUUGAAAAUGGCAUCAUUAAUUGGGGAAGGAUUGUGACUAUAUUUGCCUUUGGGGGUGUUCUCCUCAAAAAAACUUCCACAAGAGCAGAUUGCCCUGGAUGUACGUGCUUACAAACAAGUUUCCAGUUUUGGGGCAGAAUUCAUCAUGAAUAACACAGGAGAAUGGAUAUGGCAGAAUGGAGACUGGGU